CUUCUCGCUUAGGCCCAACCAGCAAAGGCGAGGGGUUUUUGUAUCGUCGUCGUUGUCGAAGCAAAACCAUUAACCUGAGAAGAAAAGAAUGGCGAGGUCGACAUCCAAGGAUACUCAAGCUCUCUUCCAGUCUCUUCGCUCGGCUUACGCUGCUACUCCUACAAAUCUCAAGAUCAUCGAUCUCUACGUGAUGUUUGCGAUUUUCACAGCGUUGAUUCAGGUUGUUUACAUGGCAAUUGUUGGAUCUUUCCCAUUCAACUCUUUCCUUUCAGGAGUCCUUUCUUGUGUGGGGACAGCAGUCCUUGCUGUUUGCCUCCGCAUUCAAGUUAACAAAGAGAACAAGGAAUUUAAGGACUUGCCACCAGAACGUGCAUUUGCUGAUUUUGUGCUCUGCAAUUUGGUGCUCCAUCUGGUGAUUAUGAAUUUCCUUGGAUAGGCAGUUUCUCUGAGGCUUUUAGGUUUUUAUAUAGUUCCAACUUUUAAGGUGGAUGAGUAUGCUGUUGUAAGACUUUCAUGGUUGCUGGAUCAUCAGUUCCAUUUCUAAUUGAAACUUCUAAUUUUUUCUGGAACCAGAUGGAAAAGUUUGAAUUUGGCAUUGA